AUGUCCACCAUACGAACAGACACAGAAACACCAGCGGUGGUGCUCGAGAAGCAAACUACCCAAAUCGACCAGAAUGGCAAAGUCAUCUUCAAACCCUCGCGGGAGUUCCUCCUCGCCUUCGGCGCCCUUUGCGCCGUUGCGCUAGCCGUCGCCUUUGACGCCACGACGCUCUCGGUCGCCCUCCCGACAAUGAGCGUCGCCCUCGGCGGAACAGCCCUCGAGGCCUUCUGGUCCGGCACGAGCUUUCUUCUCGCGAGCACAGUCCUGCAACCCACCGUCGCCGGGCUCAGCGGCAUCUUUGGGCGGAAGUACCUCGUGUACGUCUCGGCCCUGCUGUUCGCCGUGGGCUCGAUAGUCGGGGCCGUCGCCAACAACUUCCACAUUGUGAUUGCGGGGCGGACCAUUCAAGGCAUAGGCGGCGGCGGUAUACUCGCCCUCACCGAAGUCAUCAUCACCGACCUCGUCCCGCUUUCUGUGCGAGGCCAGUGGUUUUCGCUGCUGUCGGCAGUCUGGUCCGUCGGCACGGUCACGGGGCCCCUCAUUGGCGCCGGCUUCGCACAGAACGUCUCCUGGCGGUGGAUCUUCUGGAUCAAUCUCCCCAUCAUCGCCAUCGGCGCGGUGAUGAUCUUCUUCUUCCUCAAGCAGGUCAAGGUCCCCGGCCACAUUGGGGCCAAGCUCAAGAGGUUCGACUGGCUUGGUAGCUUCUUGUUCACGGCCGGCUCGACGAGUUUCCUGUUUGGAAUCUCGACGGGUGGUGUCAUGUACGAGUGGACCUCUUUCAGGUGUCUGCUGCCGUUGAUCUUGGGCGUCUUCAUCAUCGUGGCCUUUGGGUUCUGGGAACUUCGAUUUGCUCCGGAGCCCAUGAUCGACAAGGGCAUCUUCAACAACUGGACCAUGAUCGCCAACUAUAUCAUGACCGUCUUCCACGGCAUGAUCCUCUGGUCGAUUCUCUACUUCCUUGUCCUCUACUACCAAGCCGUCAAAGACUACUCCGUCGUAGUCUCGGCCGUCGCCGCCCUCCCAGAAAGCUUAACAGUCGCACCUUCCGCCAUGGCCGUCGGUCUCAUCGCCGGCAUCACGGGCAGAUACCGCUGGUCUCUCUGGGCCGGCUGGGCCAUAACGACCUUUGGUGCCGGCCUCAUGUGCCUCAUGCGUCCCGACACCACCAUCCCGCAGUGGAUCUGGCUCAACAUCCCUAUCGGCAUUGGCACGGGCAUGAUCUUCCCCGCCAUGGCGCUCUCGAUCCAGGCGGCCUGCGAGCCGGCCCUCAACGGCCAGGCCGCCGCCUUUUACUCCUUUUUGCGCACCUUUGGGCAGUCUGUCGGCGUCGCCGUCUCGGGCGUCAUAUUCCAAAACGCCUUCCGGACGAGGUUGCUCGAUAUUCCAUCGCUGGCGCACGCCGCGGAGGAGUACUCGCGCGAUGCGACCAUUGUGGUCGAGGUCAUCAAGCGGAUGCCGGCGGGCGACGCCACGAGGGCAAAGCUAGUGGAGGCAUACUGCGAUGCGCUGCGGGCGAUUUGGAUCAGCUUGAUUGCGUUUGCCGGGUUCUGCAUGCUCAUCAGCGUCACGGUGAAGAAGUACAGCUUGGACCAGGAGCAUGUCACGCAGCAGGGGUUGGCCACGAGCGAUGAUACGAGUAAGGAGGACGAGGAAGGUCAAGCAGGGGAUUUGGAAAGGGGGCAGAAGGUAUAA